AUGAAUCACUCUGGGCCUGAGAAGCGCGAGCAGAAGUUCGUGCUCGACUGCAUCGCUGUCAGUUCGGUUGCGCUCGGGUAUGAACACAUGCGCCCCCGGCUCUGGUCGGUGCUCCCCGGGUACGACGCACGCAAUGACCCCCACGCUGCGCGCUACACGACCACCCCAUCGGUGCAGAGGGUCCCAAAGAAGACCACCCCGUCGGUCCGGAGGGUCCCACAGAAGACCACCCCGUCGGUCCGGAGGGUCCCGCAGAAGACCGAGAACAAGGAACAGAAGAGCGCCGCUGCCCAAAAGUCCCUAGACCUGAGGAACACUUCCGGAGCAGGUUUUACAUCAUCAUCAUCAUUGCUCAGAGUCACUGGUAUCUUGUCUCUGCACCACAGUCAACGAGAGCAGGUGUAUCAUCAUCAUUCGGACAUCAAACCCAUUGGCUACAACGGGCGGUUUGGGUUUCGGCGAAAAGGCAUCAUCAUCAUGACCGCGUUCCAACUCCAUUGA